GGCCGGACGUAGGCGACGUGGACAUGGGAAGGAGGUCCAAGUGGUUUGGGUAUAAAAGAGGUCGAGUCUAACUUUCCGUCACGGCAUACUGAGCUUUGUGUCCACUAGACUUCACUGCAUAGCUGACUCCUGUCUUCAUCGCUACUAUCGUUAGAAUGGGAUCUUUCGCUCAGGCCACCGUUAUACUUGCUUGCCUUGCCGCCACCGCUAUGUCCCAACAUCUCGGUGGAUUAGGCUAUGGUGGAUUAGGGGGCUAUGGUGGAUUAGGCUAUGGUGGAUUAGGCUAUGGCGGAUUAGGGGGCUAUGGUGGACUAGGUGGACUAGGCUACGGAGGAUUCGGUGGACUUGGAGGCUACGGCUACCCCGGCCUAUACGGAGGCUACGGUGGAUACGGAGGUCUUGGAGGUUACGGUGGAUACGGAGGCCUUGGAGGCUACGGUGGAUACGGUGGACAAGGAGGUUACGGCGGAUACGGUGGAUACGGAAACCAAGGCGGAUUCAACAAAGGUAGCAGCUCCACCUCCCUCAACGGCUUCUCCUACAACUCCAACACUGCCGGAUCCGGAGCUGUCGGCAGCUCAGCUGGUGCCGGCGGCGCCGGAGGUUACGGAGGCUACGGAGGUCUUGGAGGUUUCGGAGGAUACGGAGGUCUCGGCGGCUACGGAGGUCUAGGCGGCUACGGAGGCUUCGGUGGAAUUUAUUAAAAACUCUGAUCUAUAGCUUGAAGCAUAAAAAGUUAUGAACCAGUUCCUCUCAACACAAAGGGUACUCAAGUGUACUGGGCACAGUGAAGUCGAAUGGAUAGUAUUAUUUGUAUCUCAGUCUAAUAAAAACUAAUGUUUAGAACGGUGUAUGCAGUAUUUUACUCCAUUUUAAAAUGUAUUGAUUGUUUCGUUUGUUAGUU